CGUGAGACGCCACCGCGCAGCCCACGGGCCCGCCCCACCCCCCAACGACCUACACAAGCCCCAGAAGCAGCCCCCGGACCGCACCGAUGGCGGACAAGGCCCCGCGGAUGAACACGACCAACCUGCCGCGCCACGAGACGCGCUGCAACGGGGGUUCAGUAUCACUGGUGUCGCGCUACGCCGUGAUCAAGAACGUGCGCCACAACAAGCGCAAGCGCAUCACCGUCUCAGCUUUUGAUCAGCGGUCCCAAAUUCCCGUCAUCGUGCAAAAACGCAUCGACUGGGGCACGGAGAUGACCAACUUGGAUGAAGCUAGAAGGAUCGCGCGCGAAUUGCGCAUCCUAAAGUAUUUGCGGGGUUUUGAUGGUAUCUGUGCGCUGGUCGAUAUCAUUCAGCCGAGUGAUGAUGCCUGGACGGAUUUGUACACUAUUCAUGAGUACGGAGGCGUGCCCAUGACGCGGUACAUAAAUUCGAAGCAUCCGCCAACCCCGAGACAUGCUAGAUACUGGUGCUACCAGUUGUUGCGGACUCUGAAAUUUAUGCACGCGGGCGGCGUCGUGCACGGCCACAUCUGCCCGGAGAAGAUCUUGGUGAACGCGAUGAGCGCCGAUAUCAAAUUAAGUGAUCUGGGCAGGUGUGUGGUCGAGGGCUGUUCAGUGGCGGGCUCGUACAACAUGUCCUACAUGUGUCCCGAAGAACUUGUGGUGAAGCAGCAGCCGUCGGCCAAGGGCGACGUCUGGGCCGCGGGCUGCGUUUAUGCGGAAUUGCUGGAGAAGAAGGGGCCUCUGUUCCAAGGUUCUUCCCACAAGGAAGUGCUGGCCAAGAUCUGCGCGCGCGUCGGCCGACCCUCCGAAACUUUGUUAAGGGACAUGAUCUACGGCGACACGCCCAUGCACCAAUUCGUACUCGCGCAAGACCCCGUGCCCGGGCUACCUACUGGAGAUAGCACCUCCCCUUACUUCCGCGCGGCGUUCAGUAUAGCGGACGCCGACGCCGACGCGCUCCAAUGCAUCGCGGCGACCGUAAGGUUCGACCCUAGAGCGAGGAUGACCGCGGAAAACGCUCUAGCCUCAUUAAAGCUCUUCCAGGCGCGGCGGAGCGACAGCGACCCUUGUUUACACAACCCGCGCGACGAACCUAGAUUAGCUUGCAGCGCCUACCACGAGUCCAUGGCGUCGCGCGACGCGCCCGACGCCGCCGGCGUCAAGGUUUGUGUGUGGACGGAGUGCGUGCACCACAACCCGUCGGCGACGGGCGGCGCGCCGCCGCCGCCGCCGCCGCGCGCGCCGCCGCCGCUGCCGCCGCUGCCGCCGCCUGUUCAAGCGCCGGCGCCGGUGCCGCCGGUCCCGGGCUCGCGGCAGGUGAAGCAGGUCGUCCUCGUCGAUACAAGGGGCGGGCCCGUCCCCUGCAUGGUCGUGCCCGGCGGCGUGCGGCCCAUCCAGGUGCCGCCAAACACAUUACACCAGAUGGUGGCCAUCCGCGAGCGCAAGCGCCAAGAGGCGCGGGCGAGAGGCGAGGCGCCGCCGGUGAUGCCGCCGCCGACUAUAUUGGUCCCGCCGGGCCAGGCCGCGCCGCCGGGCACCGUCAUGAUGACGGGCCCGCCGGCCGCGCCGCCGCCGCCGGCGCAGCGCCUGCCGGCGGCCUUCGCGCCGUAGGCCUUCCCCUUCUCCCCCUCCUCUUGGGCGUGUUAA